AGCGGCGGCGGCUGCGGUUGUCGUGCGGAGCGAGGGAAGAAGGAAAAGGACGGCGGCCUGGCUGGAGGAGCAGCCAUGGCAUCGUCUGGUUCUCUCCUGUGGGCCGUUGAUAUCUUUGGCAGGGUCUACACGCUUUCAACUACAGGCCAGUUUUGGGAACUCUGUAAACAUGGGCAGCUGGAGUUCAAACGUGUUUCUGCCGUCAAACAGUGCUGCUGGGGAAUUGCAUGCGACCACCAAAUACAUGUUUACGUACACUCUAGUGACGUCCCAAUCCGGUACCAGGAAGAAACUUAUGAGAACCAGCGCUGGAAUCCCGUGAUUGGCUUCUGUGAGAAGCUCUUGCCUAGCGACCGCUGGCAAUGGAGCGACGUGAGUGGGCUGAAGCAUCAGAAGUUCGAAAGCUUUGCUCUGCCGUCGCCUCACUGGGAGUGGGAGUCUGACUGGUACGUGGAUGAAAAUUUUGGAGGGGACCCCACAGAGAAAGGGGGCUGGACGUACGCCAUCGACUUCCCAGCCACCUACACAAAAGACAAGAGGUGGAAUUCCUGCGUGCGGCGCAGAAGAUGGAUUCGAUACAGGAGAUACAAAUCUCGAGAUGCUUGGGCAAAGAUUCCGUCUGAGGAGGAUCCCAAACAACUGCCAGAUCCCUUCAGCGAUCUCUCAGUGGGAGGAUGGGAGAUCACCGACGAGCCUGCGGGGCGCUUAUCAGUCUGGGCUGUCUCUUUGCAAGGAAAGGUCUGGUACAGGGAGAAUGUCUGCCACCACAAUCCCGAAGGUUCUUCAUGGUCCUUAAUCAGUACCCCUGGGGAAGUAGUUCAGAUCAGCUGUGGGCAAUACGAUCUUCUCUGGGCGACUCUUUGGGAAGGGCAGGCAAUCGUUCGGGAAGGGAUCGACAGGAAUAACCCGCAAGGGGUUUCUUGGACGGUCGUACAGCCUCCGGUUCCCGAGAAUGGCAUUUCACAUGUGUCUGUGGGUGUGAAUGUGGUGUGGGCAGUUACCAAAGACGGUAAAGUCUGGUUCCGAAGAGGGGUCAACUCGCACAAUCCGUGUGGCACCAGCUGGAUUGAGAUGGUUGGGGAGAUGAUGAUGGUGAACGUGGGUUUGAACGACCAGGUGUGGGGGAUCAGUUGUGAGGACCGAGCCGUUUAUUUCCGGCAAGGGGUCACUCCAAGCGAGCUUAGCGGGAAAGCCUGGAAGGCGAUAAUUUGCAGCCGAGAUACUGAUCGUUCUCAGACUGGCAGUUCAACAAGUCUCCUCAGUGCUGGCUGCUUUUUCACUGAUGAUAUUAAGGAGCAAAGCAACUCAUUUCUCCGGAGCAAUGGAGAUCCUCUGUCCGAUGCCGAGAUGCCUUUGGCUAUCGCCAGCUCUUGCCUUCCUGGGCUUGCUGAUGGUGAUGAUAGACAUGACGAGGCCAGCCAGGCGGCCAACUCAGAUGUGAACCCAGUUGCAGAUACUGCAUCCACCACUCCUGAAGAAGCCGGCCCCGCUUCAGACCAAAGGCUCACGCCUGUCCCGGAAAAACCUUCCUCUGAUCAGGAUUCCCGCCCAGCGGAGCUGCAGUGGACCAACAUCGACUUGAAGGAGGCCGGCAAGACCCCCGCGCUUUCUGUCAGUGCCUUUGCGGAGACGUCCAGCCUCUCCUCCUUUGGUACAUUACCACUCGGCAUGGAGGAUCGUUACGGGGCCGACGAACAUCCAGUAUGGGCCUGGGUCUCUGGCGGAGGCUGCCUGGUGGACUCGCUCAGCUCACUGAAGUGGUUCAUGGUACACUCAGGUUUAGCCUCCUCGGGGCAGUCCCUCUGUCCAUCCAUCACCCCAGCACAGACUGCAGUGUGGCGCAAGCAGAUCUUUCAACAGCUUGCCGAAAGGACCCGGCGGGAGCUGGAGAAUUUCCGACACUACGAACAAGCCGUUGAGCAGUCUGUGUGGGUUAAAACAGGUACCUUGCAAUGGUGGAGAAGCUGGAAGCCUUACAAAUGGAUUGACGUGCGGGUGGCCUUGGAGCAGUUCACGGGGAACGACGGCACACGGGACAGCAUCCUUUUCAUCUAUUACGUGCAGCUGGAGGAGAAGAAGUACCUCCACGUGUUCCUCAAUGAAGUCACCAUCUUAGUGGAGAUCCUGAAUGAGGCCAAGCAUUCCUUUGCACUGUAUACCCCAGAGACGACGAAGCAGCGUUGGCCAAUCCGGCUUGCAGCUGCUACUGAACAAGAAAUGCAUGACUGGUUGGCUCUACUGAGCAUGUCCUGCUGUGAAAGCCGGCGGAUCCAGGGCCCUCCAUCGCACCAGGCCAUUUGGUCGGUGACCUGCAAGGGAGAUCUGUUCGUCAGCGAACCAACUCCCGAUUUGGAGGCAGCAGCGCACCCAAUGCCCUGUGACCAGAUGUUCUGGCAACAGAUUGGAGGACAUCUCCGCCUGAUUGAAUCCAACAGCCGUGGAAUAGUAUGGGGCGUGGGGUAUGACCACACAGCCUGGGUUUAUACCGGAGGAUAUGGAGGUGGUUUCUUUUCAGGCUUGGCAAACGGCGCCGACAACAUUUAUGCCCAGUCAGAUGUGAAGAAUGUCUACAUCUAUGAGAAUCAGCGAUGGAAUCCAGUCACCGGAUACAGCAGCAGGGGGCUGCCUACCGACAGGUACAUGUGGAGCGAUGCUUCUGGCCUGCAGGAAUGCACAAAAGCGAACACUAAACCUCCGUCGCCACAGUGGUUAUGGGUCUCUGACUGGUCCAUUGAUUUUAGCGUUUCGGGUGGAACUGAUCGGGAAGGCUGGCAGUACGCGGCUGACUUUCCAGCGUCUUAUCACGGACAGAAAACAAUGAAGGAUUUUGUGCGGCGGAGGCGAUGGGCCAGGAAAUGCAAAAUUGUCACCAGUGGGCCUUGGCUGGAAGUGCCUCCCAUAGCCUUAUGGGACGUCUCCAUCAUUCCUGAAUUACCCACUGCCAAAGAAGAAUGUGUCGCGCUCUGGGCCAUCAGCGACAAGGGAGACGUGCUCUGCCGGCUGAACAUCACUCGGCAAAACCCAGCUGGUUCUUCUUGGCUACACGUGGGGACCGACCAGCCGUUCAUCUCAGUAUCCAUAGGAGGGUUCCACCAGGUCUGGGCUGUCGCUCGAGACGGCUCCGCCUUCUAUCGUGGCUCGGUCUCGCCGAAGAAACCAGAAGGGGAUUGCUGGUACCACAUUCGUUCUCCUCCAAAGCAGAAGUUAAAACAAGUUUCUGUCGGACGGACGGCCGUGUUUGCAGUGGAUAAAAACGGUAAUCUGUGGUAUCGUCAGGGAAUCACACCCAACUAUCCUCAAGGAUCCAGCUGGGACCACAUUUCAAACAACGUCCGGAAAGUUUCUGUCGGGCCUUUGGACCAGGUUUGGGUGAUAGCCGAUAAAGUACAGGGCAGCCACAGCCUCAGUUGCGGAACUGUCUGUCACCGGACGGGAGUCCAGCCGAUGGAGCCAAAAGGGCAAUCCUGGGACUACGGCAUCGGGGGAGGAUGGGAGCACGUUACUGUCAGGGGAAAUGCUACAGAAAUCGCCAAACGGGCCUCCUGGGAAGCCACAGUGGAGCAUCUGGUUGAAUCCAACAAUUCCGAAGCAGGAGAGAGUGAAGGAAGAGGAGACUCUCCGCAGUCCACACUCUUUGUGGAUGAAGACCACAGCCUGGACAGAAAUGCCGUUCAGUGUUAAUGUGCCUCCAUUCAUUAGAGAUGGGCUGUGGCAUGAACUUCCCCUCCCGUCUUCCACUCUCUCUGCCCGCCCCAUGCAAUGUAAAGGUGCGGUGGAGCUGUGCGGCAAACCCGUCUGAAUGCUUCCUCCCAUGAAGAGCGAAGGAUGAAGCAUCGCGGCUGCUUGUGAACAGCGACAAUGCCAUCCGCUGGAUGCGCCCUCUGAGUGGCGUUCAGGAAUGUGGAGGAGCCAUUGCGACAGUGUUGGGUUGUGUAGCCCACGCAGGUGGUGAUGGGUCAAGUUCCAGCUGCAUUGUCUGUAGAACUGGAAUUUUCUUAAAUGGGGAGGAGGGGAAGUGCUUUAAUUUAUUCACUUAGUAAUAUUUAUUUGGUGCAGUGCUGAUGAAUUGCCUGCAUUCAAUCGUUCACUGUAAGCUGAGCCUGUGGACACAAGCUGACCGUGAAACUGAAACUCAAAUGUGAAUUGGGGCUUUGUAAUUUAGACAUUCUCUCCUAUAGCCCGUCUCUUGAAAACAGUGGCUGCAUUUGAACAUCGGAAAGAAACCCUAGUGGGUUUGUUGGUGUGACAAGAGCAAGCGAUGGAAGCUGUUUGAUGGGUGUUUCCCCUCCCUCUUCUGUUUGUUCACCAUGAUGAAAUAGAAGACUUCCUGGUUAGGAACAAACACGGACUGCAGCAUCUAAACCUUAGCAAGUUUAUUUAUUUAUUUUUAUUCUGCCUUUUCCAAGAUACAUUCAGGGUGACAAAUCUGAAGCAAUAAAACCUUACCGUAAAACCCUCCAAACAAAUCAUGUAAGCAUUGUUAAAACAGCUGGCAAAAGCCACAGCUACAGUGACGAAAAUAACCAGGCUUCCAACCGGGGAUAGAAAUACAAAUACCACAGAAUGAUUCUGGCAGAGAAAAACGGGUUAAUGAAGCAGCAAAAUCUAAUUUAGCAAAUCAUGUAACAAAAGGAAAAGCCAGCUGUAAGGAACUUGGUGCCAAAACACUAGCCAAGGCUGUACCACGUGAAUGUCUCGGGAGAGGCUAUUCCAUAGUCACGGGGCCACCACUGUGAAGCCUUUCCCCUGGAAGCCGCCUGCUUUCAUUCGUAGGGCGCCCAAAGCAAGGGCCUCUGAGAAAGAUCACAAGAGCAAACUGCAGUUUGCUGUAAACCAGGAAGUCUUCUGUCUCUCUUGGUGAAAUCGGGAUAAAAGGAGAACGUGAUGUUUGAGACUGUGUGCUUCCUGGCUCAUUCUUGUCACAAUCGAAACACAGUGCUCCUCUGCACGCUAUGCUGUGAAUUGUGAUGCCACUAACUUUUAAGGGAGCGUUCUGAUCAAUAAGAAUGAUGCUCCCUUGCAGGGAUGAUUUCCCAGUACCUGAGCCAGUCGCCACUGCUGCUGGGACACCUUUUCCCCUCUGUGCUACCCAUUAACCCUUUCCUAACAUAACAGGCCAGGAAAACUGCAUUCAGGUGGCCCAAGGUCUGUAACACUAGUCCAUUAUUCAUCCCUGUGCAUUAGAUGCAGCCCAUGGAAAUCUUCCACAAGUCUAUGCUUCUUCCAGCAACUCCAGGCAGCCUUUUUACUUCCUGCCACCUUUCUGGCUGGAGCGAAGUAUAGAUACAGCAGCUGCAUCACCCACAUGUUUAAAAAGCCUGUAUUUUAGAAUCCAGCUUUACAGAUCUCUGCCUGAUAUAAAAAAAAUACAGAAGCCAUAGCUAUAUACCUGAUCAUGAAGUUUGGCUGUAUCAGGGUGCUGGAGCAUCAUACGGUACAGCCCUCUGCAAAAUACAGGGUGUGUGCGCGUGAUUCAGGAUGCAGAGAUUGUGAGGUUUACCCUGUCUCUUUGAAACGGUAGUUUGCUGUGGCAGGGAAUUUUUUAAUAUGGGGGAGCAUUUAAGUGGACGGCUGCUGCCCCUCCCCUCCACAGACACUCACAGGGGUCAGAUAUGUAGCCAUGUUGGUCUGCAGAAGAACAGCAGGACUGCUGGUCUCUUAAGGAGCCACUGGACGCAAAUCCCACUGGUCUCAGGGUUCGGGAAGAGUUAAAUCAGGUAUUUGGUUUUUAUGUAUUUGCAGCCUAAUCCUAAACAAGCAGCAGGAAAAAGACCAAAAACCGAAGCUACCGUUGCGCAAGUGGGAGGUGGAAUUCCUAAGAAAAGAGAGAGGUUGUGUCUUAAAGGUAGGUCAAUUGGUGGGGGAGAGCCAGCUGUAUUUCAAUCCACGUCCAUCCACUGAUGUUUAGAGUUGAGACACGAGUGGCGUCCUUUUCCUCUUUCCCAAAAACAGAGCGUGGGAGCAGCCCAACCCUGCUCCUUCCCCCACCUUUCCUCACCACACUUUCUUGCUUUGCACAUUUCACUUAAAGGCCUGGCUGCUCUUCAUGGUCUGAGGAGCACCUGGCAAGCAAUAGCAUGCUGCAAGGUAAGGGAAAGGAGAAGGCAGCCUUCGAUUUCCCUUCACCUUCCCAUGUUCCAUUUUUUUAAAAAAGUUGCUGAGUGUGGGGUAGGGUUGCCAGCUCCAGGUUGGGAAAUUCCUCGAGAUCUGGGGGGUGAAACCUGGAGAAACCUGGAGAAAGUGGGAUUUGGAGAGGGAAAGGACCUUGGCAUGGCAUAAUUCCAUAGAGUCCACCCCCCCCAAAAUAGCCAUUUUCUCCAGAUGAACUCUGUGGCCUGGAGACCAGUUGUAAUUCCAGGAGAUCUCCAGCCACUACCUGGAGGGUGGCAGCCCUAGUUUGUAAUUACACAUGGGAUCCUGCCCCCAUCCCUAGUUCAGUCCUGAGUCUGGCACUGCAGUUGCCAACUGCCAAAUCUUACUGCUCCAUGAAGCAGACGCGUGUUGCGUCUACCGGGCUGGUGGAUUUAAUUACCUGGAACCUAAGAGAGCAGAGCAGCUGUGUCAAAGGGCCAGUCCUGCCGCUCUGCAGAUCGAAUGAGACUUCCAUUGACUUCCACCGUGGAUUUGCCACUGCUGUGGGUUUGCAUCCUAGUUUUCAGCCAGCGUGAUAGUGUUUGGAUCUUUUUUUUAUGAUGCAAAACAAAGUAAUGUUGUGGUAUGAUCUAGAAUAGUUCUGUAUUUUGAAGUAGAUCUGUUCACGUCUGCAUGCCCUGCUCUGGAACCUGUGUGUUUAGAUGCUAUUUUGAUGCCAAGCAAAACAAGGAUUAUUGAUCAAAGGUGAAGGACCAAGAGAUACGUAUGUGUUCUUUCCAAGCAACUUUUCUAAUAAGUUGGUUUUGUCUUUAUGUGUUUUUAGUGGGGACGCAGUUGCAUUGGCUAUGUUGGAAGGAGCAAUUGGGAAGUAGUUCUCUCAGUAUUUAUAAAGAAAAGCAAGGAUACAGACACUCAUUUUGAUGCGAUAGCUUUAUAGCACCUGUUGGUCUGGGUUCCCUUUUCUCUCCUGUUCAAAAAAAGUCAGAUCUUCUUUUGAACACCAAGGGCCCAAUCCAGCACAAGUGAAGAAAGGGGGAGCCAUGCAACAGCCUUCUUUAUAUGUUCCCAAACAAUCAAACAUUGCAUGUAGAAUGGCCCCCAAUAUGUCAAUAAAAUUAAUUUGAACAUAA